AUGGCUUCUGGUGAAUGCUCAGAAAAAAACAUGCAGUACCGUGUGGAUCAUUUAUUGAGUGCUGUGGAAAACGAGCUUCAGGCUGGAAGUGAGAAGGGAGAUCCGACAGAAAGAGAACUUAAAGUCAGUUUGGAUGAAAAUGAACUUUGGCAGAAGUUCAAAGAAUUGACGAAUGAAAUGAUAGUGACCAAGAAUGGAAGGCGCAUGUUUCCAGUACUGAAGGUGAACGUGUCAGGUCUGGAUCCAAACGCAAUGUACUCAUUCCUGCUGGAUUUUGUGGCAGCAGACAAUCACAGGUGGAAGUACGUGAAUGGUGAAUGGGUCCCGGGUGGCAAACCCGAGCCACAAGCACCGAGCUGCGUCUACAUCCAUCCAGACUCGCCAAACUUCGGUGCGCAUUGGAUGAAAGCUUCAGUCUCGUUUAGCAAAGUGAAACUCACCAAUAAACUGAACGGAGGGGGGCAAAUUAUGCUGAAUUCACUACACAAGUAUGAGCCGCGUAUCCAUAUAGUGCGUGUCGGUGGGCCGCAGAGAAUGAUCACCACGCACUCAUUCCCUGAGACGCAGUUCAUAGCAGUUACUGCCUAUCAGAAUGAAGAGGUUACUGCACUUAAAAUUAAAUAUAAUCCAUUUGCCAAGGCUUUCCUGGAUACCAAAGAAAGAAGUGAUCAUAAGGACAUAAUAGAAGAUAUCAGUGAAAGUCAACAGUCUGGAUACUCUCAAUUAAGUAGCUGGUUUUUGCCAACGACAGGGUCUCUGUGCCCGUCUGCAAACCCUCACACACAGUUUGGCAAUCCUUUGUCUCUAUCCUCAUCACAUGGCUGUGAACGUUACUCCGCUCUGAGAAGCCAUCGGUCUACCCCGUACCCCAGCCCGUAUGCCCACCGGACAGUUUCUCCAACAGGUUACUCAGAUAACUCCAGCUGUUUGUCAAUGUUACCAUCUCAUGAUAACUGGUCCAGUCUGCAGAUGUCUUCUCACUCCAGUGUGCUUCCGAUGGGCCACAGCUCUCCACCAAACUCAAACUCCAGUCAGUACACCAGCCUGUGGUCUGUGGGAAACACACCGUUGACUCCGGUGUCUAAUGCCGGAGGUAUGACAAGCAGUCUGAGCUCUCAGUUCCUCCGCGGCUCCACCGGUCAUUACGGCAAUCUGACUCACCCGGUCACAGCGCCCUCUUCUGGAUCUAGUCUGUAUGACUCCACUGCUGUGCCUGACGUGCAUGACACCUCUCCAUACGACACUUCUGCCCAUGUGCGCAUUCCUACAGCCUGGACCCCAGUCACGCCACCCUCCUUAUAG